GCCCCCACGCAGCCCACGAACCGAGCAACCCCAUCCGCACGAAAAUCCAGCGACUUCCCCCUUCGCACUCUCUCUCGCCCUCGCACGCCGCCGGCAAUGGCGACGUUCGCGCGGUGGCUUCCACCAGCAGCAGCCCCACCGGCGGCUGGGCCCGCCGCCGCUCCUGCUGCCCGCCCCCUCGCUCGCCGGCGAAUCCCGCGCCGGGCCGCGACCGUGGUCUCCCCGCGCGCGUUCGGCCGCGCGGACUUCGACGGCUUCGUGCGGCGCGCGUGGCAGGGCGCCAACGCGGGCGCCGAGCGGCUCGCCUUCGAGGCGCGGCAGGCCGCGCAGCGCCUGGACGGGAGGUUCUCGAUCUCCCGGAGGCUCGCGGAGGCCUCCCGUGCCGCCCGCGAGCGCGCCGUGGAGAUCGACGCCGAGCUCGGCAUCGGCCGGAGGUGGCGCUCCUUCUCCGUUGAUUUCUCCCGCAACUGGCCCAGGUAUCGGAGGGAGCUCAAUGACUUCAUGGCAACUCCCAUCGGGAGAGCGUUAGCUACACUGUUUUUUCUAUGGCUUGCACUGUCAGGGUGGCUAUUCAGAAUUUUCAUUUUUGGUACAUUUGUGCUGCCUUUCGCUGCCCCUCUUUUCCUUGGGACCUUUGCUAACAGGGUUGCCAUUGAGGGAACAUGCCCAGCAUGCAAAAGGCGGUUUGUGGGCUACCGCAGCCAAGUGAUCCGGUGCAUGAAUUGCCAAAACAUUGUAUGGCAGCCAAAUAACAGCUCCUCCGGUGGUGCUAGAAGUUCACGAAGAGCAGAAGCUGAUGUGAUUGAUGUAGAAUACGAGGAGAAGUAAGAUCAUUUUGGCACACCAUUAUUCAGGGGGCGGAAGAAGCAGGGUUAGACACAGGCUGCACGUUUCUGGGCUGUUUGUAGAUGUUUCAGUAUGUGUUGUACAUUAUGUGCUCCUUUGGAAUAAAAUGGGCGGUGUUGUGCGUAAAAGAAACUAAAGGAAGACACUGUACACCCUCCGCGAUGCCAAUUUUGCCAAGCAUGUUAAUGUUAAUGUUGUUGACCAAAAUAAUCAGUUAAAUCUACAUCUUAAUUGAAUA